GCAUUUCCGGGAAACCCUACGCGACUUACAUCAAGCUGUUUAAGGACCCCAAGAUGUCCAUGCUUGCUGAACCCCGGAAGAAACAGAAGUGGUCUGUUGACCCAAGGAUCAGAACCUGGAGUAAAGAUGAGUCUAAUUUCGGCCAGAAGAUGAUGGAGCGAAUGGGCUGGUCAAAGGGCAAGGGCCUGGGCAGAAGUGAGACCGGCCCCACCGAAGCUAUCAUAGUUAAACGAAAAAACGACCGCAAUGGUCUUGGACGAGGUGCCAGCCAAGAGGACAACUGGAUCUCACACCAAGAUGAUUUCAACGAGCUUCUUGCUGAACUGAACAACUGCCAUGGACAAAACAACAGUGCUGAACCUCCACCACCAGAAGAACCGAAGGGCUUCAGCUUGGAAGAGAAGUCCAAGACUUCCAAAAAGAGGAUCCAUUACAUGAAGUUCACGAAAGGAAAAGAUCUGUCCUCCUGUAGUGAAACAGACCUGAACUGCAUCUUUGGGAAGAGAGGAAGUCCUGCCAAUCAACAGCAGGGGAGCAGCAGCAGUAAUUCUAAGGAUGAGACGCAGGCGGCUUUUACUUCAGCUGCCUUUAAACUGGACGCCAAGUCCAUCACCAACACUGUGAAGAGUACGCUCACGAUGCAGCAGUACUUUGCACAGCGAAUGGCUCUGAUGAAGAAAGGCAGUGGACCGGCGCAGAGUGCAGCACCCCCAAUGGAGACCGACGAAAAUUCCGCUCCAUCCGAUGAACCCAUCAUCAUCGACGACGACGACUCGGAAGAGCUUAAAAAGAAGAAGAAGAAGAGUAAAAAGUCAUCAGUUGACCUGGAAGUGGUAGAAGAGAACAGCACCGCCGCUCCUAUCAUUAUAAUCGAGGAAGAUGAGGACAAACAGCAGGAGCCUUCUGGUGAAAAGAAGAAGAGGAAAGUGGUAGAAAGUGAUGGAGCCGCAGAAGAGAACUGUGACUCCACCUCUGGUGUGGAGCAGAACUCUGAGGUUGUGCCUCCUCCUAAGAAGAAGAAGAAGAAGAAGAAGCUUAAAAAAGCACUUGAGGAAACUGAGCUACUAAAUGGACACGUGCCAACUGAGGAUCAAACUGUGGAAUCUGAGGUUGCUCACAAGAAGAGGAAGAAACGCAGAGAGGAGCUGGAUGAUGUAGUGGAGGUGGUGGAGGAGCUGGAUGAUGUAGUGGAGGUGGUGGAGGAGCUGGAUGAUGUAGUGGAGGUGGUGGAGGAGCUGGUCGAAAAGAAACUCAAAAAGGACAAGAACAAAAACAAAAAACCGUUGAGAAUAGGCUGGAAUUAAUAGAAUAUGUCCUGUCGGCUUGAGGGGGAAUUUGUGCUCGUCCCAUCAUAAACAUCAUAAACAUCAUAAACCUCAUGAGGACGCAUCCAAGUCAAACGUCUUGUACAGAUACUGUUUUAUAACCGAUUGAAGGAGACGUGAAUUAAAACCACACAAUUGUACGACUGGCAUCUUGGUGUACAUUAUUGUGUUGGAUGUUUAAAUUGUUCAACGGUUUCCCCGUUUCCAGUCUUCAUCUGUAGAUUCAUUUUUAACAGACAGACAUCAGUGUAAUUGAACUGCUCGUCAAAAAACAUUGUUUGUUUUACCGUCUCAUGCGUUACUAUUUAUUUACCAUUUACAAAAAGAUUUUAUUUUCUUCCAGUUCUUCAGACAAUUGAUAUUCUUAAUUGGAAGUGACCAGAGGCAUUUCUUUGUUGUUCAUUUUGUAAAAAUCAAAUCACUUUUUCAAUAAAUCAAAAUAGCAUUGCAA